CGUGUUGGAUUCGCGCGCAUGGCGGCUGCCAACUCCAGAAGUGCAUGACGCUGGGGAAUUCGCUGGAAUUGCUCCUCCUCGUCAACUUGAUCCUCCUGUGGGCAGCCGCUGCCACAAUCACAACAAGCAGCUCCCCAGUCUCUUCUGCGUGACCAAUCCGCUGCCGGACAGGGAUCCAAUGUCGCUGCCUGUUGCUCCACGUCUUGCUAUCACUCCGGUCCAGAUUUCCCUUGGCUCUCAGUUGCAACCGAAAUAGUGGAGUGGCAGCGGUAUCCUGCAGAAAGUUGGUUUUCUUGGAGGGGAGGGAAGCUCGACACCAACAACCACGCCGAGUCCUCAAGAGGAGGCCGACAUUGUACCCGGCCAUGCGUCCAAAACAGAUCAUGCUGGCCAGCGCGGUCAUAUUCAUCGUCAUCUGCCUGGCUUCAGUGUUCCGGCUUAUACCAGCAGGAACCGUGGUGCAAGACUUCAGCGUCGGCAAUCCCUUGCACCACCAGAACAACCCAGAACACCACGACCCCAACAAUGCCGUCCCCGCGCCGAAGCCGCCUGCCACAACCCCCCCGCCGCCGGCGCCAAAGCCGCAGGAUCCAAUCGUACCGAAGAAGCCCAAGAGCGCUCCCGCGGGCGCCCACCCGAUAGCACACCUCGUGCAGGAGGCCGAACGCGAUUUUGCGGCGCUCAGAGCUCGCCAGUCAAAGACCCUCGAGCAGGCUGCGGCCGAGUACCGACGACGAUAUGGCAUGCCGGCACCGCCCAACUUCGACAAGUGGUUCGAGUUUGCCCACGGCAAGAAGGUCGAGCUCAUUGACGAGUUCGACAUGGUCCACGAGGCGAUCACGCCCUUUUGGGGCUUGAAGCCCGCGACCACGAGAGAGCGGGCGGCCGAGGCGCUAGGCUUCGACAAUGCUCUCCUGGGCAUACAGAUCCGUGGCGGCAAGAUCACACAUCUCGGGGGAGGCUCCGAAUGGCAGCAGAAUGCUACCGAGGGCAUGAUCAACAAGUUCGUACAGUGGCUGCCGGACAUGGAUCUUGCUUUCAACCUGCAUGACGAGCCGAGAGUGGUGGUGCCGCACGAGGACCUCGCCCGUCUCGUCUCGAGGGCAAAGGACAUCAACAUGCCGACGGCGAAUUCGAAGUCGAGCUGGAGAAACGAAUUUACCAAGAACCCCAAGGGCCUCAACGACGGGUCUCAAUUCCCCGAGGCGAAGCGCACACGCUUCAAUGUGUUUGCGCACCAGCCGACCUGGACGCAUUCGAGGCUUUCUUGCUCGCCAGAUAGCCCUGCAAGGGGCCUAGAGGAGGAUGAGCUGGCGGACGACGUGUCGCGGUACGGCAUGAGCGAGCUCGGCUUCAUCUACAAUGUCACCGCGAUGCAGGACAUCUGCUAUUCGCCCAGCCUGCAAUCCUCAUUUGGCUUCUUCGACCGCCCAAACGCCUUCAACGUCGUGCACGACUUGUUCCCAAUCUUCUCUCAGUCCAAGAUCUCCUCAUUCUCUGAUAUCCUGUAUCCUUCGCCAUGGUACUGGUACGAAAAGGUCUCCUACGACCCCGACAGAGACAUGGCAUGGGCCAAGAAGAACGACAGUCUCUACUGGCGAGGCUCAACCACCGGCGGCUUCAGUAGGAAUGGAGGCUGGCGGCGCCAGCACCGCCAGCAAUUUGUGCAGAAGAUCAACGCCAAGGACACUGCCAAAAUUCUUGUCAACGCAGGCAGCGCAAAGGCGCCGAAUUGGCAGCUGAAGGAGGUGCCCCGCGGCGAGCACCGGCAGCUCAUCGACGUCUAUUUCUCUCAUGUUGGCCAGUGCGACCCUGGCGACUGCGCCGCGCAGCAAGAGUUCUUCGAGAUCAAGGGCCAUGUUGAGCAGCAGGACGCAUGGGGUUACAAGUAUCUGGUCGAUCUGGACGGCAAUGCCUUCAGUGGCCGCUUCUACGCAUUCCUGAAGAGCAAGAGUUUGAUCUACAAGUUUGCCGUCUUCAAGGAGUGGCACCUCGAGUGGCUCAAGCCUUGGGUUCACUACCUUCCCCUGAGUCUUCAGGGCGAGGACUGGCUGGAAGCCGUACGAUAUUUUGCUACCGGUGCUGAGGCGCAAAAGGAGGCACAGCGCCUGGCGAUCCAGCAGAGCGAGUGGGCAAACAAAGUCCUCAGGCACGAGGACAUGGAGGUCUGGUUCUUCAGGCUGCUUUUGGAGUACGGACGUGCGAUUGACGACAACCGCAACGACAUAGGAUACGGGGCCUAGUGGUGUACAUAGACAAGUGCAGGGACAUGUUUGGUUAUGGUUGCAACAUAGAAUAGGACGCCUUGAUACCCUUGCAUGCUGCAUCACAAGCGGUGUUUAUAUAUUAGCGAAAAUAGAGCACUGACGCUUUGGAUCGACACUCGGUCAUUGCGGACUUUGUGUAGGAUGAGGAACACAAGAAUCGCGCAUUCUUUUUAACAUUAUCAGUGUACCGA